CCGCCUUAUCUUUCUCCUCUGGAGGAGGAGUCGAGUGGCUGAUGUCUGCCAGCAAGCGGUUGUGGUCAGUGUUGCCCUUAAUCCAGCCGUCCCGGUCUCGCCCUUAGCGGGUCUGGAGCUAAAGAGAGAAGCGGAGACAAGCCUCUACAAGCCCCGUGCUCCCUUCUCCUACCUUAGGUGGGCCUGACCCAUCCCUUGCAGGUCUUUGUGUGAAAUAUCUGCAGAUAAAAAUGGCAACAAAUAAACCUAAAAAUCAAAAUUCUUUGGCUCUGCAUAAAGUAAUUAUGGUAGGCAGUGGAGGAGUAGGAAAAUCUGCAUUGACUUUACAAUUCAUGUAUGAUGAGUUUGUAGAAGAUUAUGAACCUACCAAAGCCGAUAGCUACAGAAAAAGAGUGGUCCUGGAUGGAGAAGAAGUUCAGAUUGAUAUAUUGGAUACAGCAGGACAGGAAGAUUAUGCUGCAAUUCGUGAUAACUAUUUUCGAAGCGGAGAAGGUUUUCUCUGUGUAUUUUCAAUUACAGAGCUUGAAUCUUUUGCUGCUACAGCUGACUUCAGAGAGCAGAUUUUAAGAGUAAAGGAAGAUGAAAAUGUGCCAUUUUUGCUUGUUGGCAACAAAUCUGAUUUAGAAGAUAGAAGACAGGUUUCUGUAGAAGAAGCAAAAACUAGAGCUGAUCAGUGGAAUGUUAACUAUGUGGAAACAUCUGCUAAAACACGAGCUAAUGUUGACAAGGUAUUUUUUGACUUAAUGAGAGAAAUCAGAGCAAGAAAGAUGGAAGACAGCAAAGAAAAGAAUGGAAAAAAGAAAAGGAAAAGUCUAGCCAAGAGGAUCAGAGAAAGAUGUUGUAUUUUAUAAUCAAAGUUUCAAACUUUUCCUAUUUCAACCACAAUAAAAUCCAUUAACAUAGAGCAUGCUAUUUGGAGGCUGUUAUGGCAGAAAUCACUCUUAAUAGUUGGGGAAUUCUAAUAUACCACUUAAGGCAUGGUUGGGACAACACUAAAAAUCUUCAUUGGAAAAAAAUAGUUUCAAGAAAAGCAGAAUUUAAUCCAUAGAACUUGUUUUCUUUUGCCAUGGUUCUUCUGAAUGUAGAGGAUUUUUUUCUUCCAUGGGCAGUUUCUUGAACUGUGAAUGAAAAAGCAUUACUUUUUCUGUUUUUCUUUAAAGCAUAUACUUUUAAAUCAGAUUACUUUAUAUCUUACUGCCUUGAAAAUUACAGUGGUAAUGAAAACUAAACAAAGAUAGUAAAUAAGCUUUCCUUUUUGCUGUUAAAAAUUAUGCAAAUUAGAGAAGAGAGACUAUCUUCUCUGCUUCUAUUGGAAUCAUUUAUACAUGGACCUAGAUUAAUGGUAUAAAUUUAGGACAAUAUUUGAAUAUGCCUUAAUUUAAGACUAUAUCUUCCUUGCAACACACUACAUUGUAUGUGUGCAUCAUUGUGAAAUAAUAUCUUGUAAUGCAGUUUUUGAGCAUUUUUACUAGCUAACAGUUGAUCAGUACAGUUGAUCAGAAAAAUGUGCCAUACUCUGGAUCUUGAAUUAUCCAGAAUACUGUGUUUCUUUGCUUUAGUGAAAAUUGCUUUAGUAAAAGUCAACUGAUAUAUUAAAUUUAAAAAUGAAGUGGGUGCAGUGCAUUUCAAUUAGAAGUGUUUACUUACUCCUUAAUUUAGAGAUACUGACAUUUACUUUUGUAAGUACUUUGUUUUCCUAUUUGUGAAGGAUAUUUUCCUCAGGUAGGGGAGCACUAUGGAUUUCAAAAGCACAAAUAAGGUUCCAUUCUGAAAAAUAUGUAAGUUGUUAGUUUAUUUUUUUUUUUCUACGUUUGAGAACAUCUACUGUAUAUUGUUUUAAUGGAAACAUACUCUUCUGGUUUAUAUCAGUUGGCUAACUGUCUUCCUUUGCAAUAUCAAAAUACUGAUGAUAAUUUUCCAAAAUUGUCAUUAAAAUAUUAAAAACA